AUGAAACCUUAAUUUAAUGAUAGUUAUUUAAAGAACAAGAAAUCAUUAUAGGAUCUAUUUAUAAUUUUAAGGAAUUUUACUCUCAAAUCAUUUAGCGAAACUUGGGGUUCUAAAGGUACACCAUCUAAUGAUUAAUUUAGCUAAACUUAUAGUAAUAUUAAUUCCUUGAGAGGGUAAUUCUUAGCACAAUAACUUCAAAAAGUCAAAAUUGAAGUAGAAAGACUAUUUAUUAUGGUGUAAAUGGAGUAGGAAAAUCAUUUCAUAAAUAAUUUAAAGAAUAGAAUGAGAUCUAGAAAUUUUCACUGUUUCAAAUUAUUCUGA